CUUUUCUUCUCAACCCACCCACAAUCUUAUCACUGGCCCGCCAUGAACGGCUCAGCAUCGUCCUCAUCGGCAGCUCCUCCGCUCACGGAGGCUAUCCACAGCCAAUACGACUCGAUCCUCAUCCUCGACUUUGGCUCGCAGUAUUCUCACCUCAUCACCCGAAGAUGUCGUGAGCUCAACGUCUACUGCGAGAUGCUCCCCUGCACGCAGAAGAUCGCAGACCUCGACUGGUCUCCAAAAGGUGUUAUUCUGUCCGGCUCCCCUUACUCAGUCUACGACGAAGGAGCCCCUCGUGUCGACCCCGACGUAUUUAAGCUGGACGUCCCAAUCCUCGGCAUCUGCUACGGAUUGCAGGAGAUUGCCUGGAACCACGGAGGCAAGGUGGACCCGCACGAUCGAAGAGAGUAUGGACAGAGCACUGUGCAGGUCGUAAAGACGGGUGACAAGCGCAUGGAUGCUCUCUUUGCCAACCUCGAGUCGGAUGAGGUCCCCGUAUGGAUGUCGCACGGCGACCAGUUGUCCAAGAUGCCCGAAGGAUUCGAGGUCAUCGCCAAGACGGCUACUUCGCCGUACACGGCCAUUGCGCACAAGGAGAGGCCGAUGUAUGGCAUUCAGUUCCACCCGGAAGUGACGCACUCGCCCAAGGGAAAGGAGCUUUUUGAGGCCUUUGUCACCAUCUGCGGAUGCCGCCGCAACUGGACCAUGUCCACCUUCAUUGACAAGGAGAUCGCUCGUAUUCGCGAAAUCGUCGGCCCCAAGGGUAGGGUCAUCGGCGCCAUCUCUGGCGGUGUCGACUCGUCCGUCGCCGCCAAGCUGAUGCACGAGGCCAUUGGUGACCGUUUCCACGCCGUCAUGGUCGAUAACGGCGUGUUGCGAUCCAACGAGGCGGCGCAGGUGCACAAGAUGCUGUCGGAGGAUUUGGGCGUCAAGCUCACCGUCGUAGACGCCUCAGAUCUGUUCUUGAGCCGUCUCGAGGGAGUCGAGGACCCAGAGCAGAAGCGCAAGAUCAUCGGCAACACUUUCAUCAACGUAUUCGAGGAGGAAGGAGCUAAGCUCGAGCGUGAGGCCGAAGAGGAGGAAGCUGCGGCGCUGAAGGCAGGUCGGGCGCACGAGGCAAAGGGCAAGUACGAGUUCCUCCUGCAGGGCACCCUCUACCCGGAUGUCAUCGAGUCCAUCUCUUUCAAGGGCCCAUCAGCCACGAUCAAGACGCACCACAAUGUCGGCGGACUGCUCGAGGACAUGAAGCUCAAGCUCAUCGAGCCUUUGCGCGAGUUGUUCAAGGACGAGGUGCGAGCGUUGGGAAAGCUGCUCGGUAUUCCUGCCCACCUUGUGGGACGCCACCCUUUCCCCGGCCCUGGGCUGGCCAUCCGUAUCCUCGGCGCCGUCACUCGCUCUCAGGUCGAAAUUCUGCAAAAGGCAGACCAGAUCUACAUCGAGGAGAUUCGCAACGCUGGCUUCUACGACGACAUCUCGCAAGCGUUUGCGGUGCUGCUGCCCGUACGAGCAGUGGGUGUGCAAGGUGACAAGCGCACCUACGACCAGGUCAUCGCGCUGCGAGCUGCGCAGACGACCGACUUUAUGACGGCUACGUGGUUCCCCUUCCCCUUUGAGUUCCUUUGCAAGGUGAGCAACCGCAUCACCAACGAGGUAGCCGGGGUGAACCGCGUCGUGCUCGACAUCAGCUCCAAGCCCCCGGCGACGAUUGAGUGGCUGUAGGCGGGGAUCGUGUGCGUGCUCGGAAUAGAAUGCAUACAGCGUAUCAUGAAUAGCGGCGAUCUAGUAGUACACGGGGCAGCAGAACAGCAGCGUCUCCUUUGUUCUCUUCGCAGUCACAGGAAAUACUCCACCGCAUCGUGCUUCUUCUCUGCCGCCUGCAACGGUCCAUCUCUCUCGUUCUCCGGCGCCGCCAUGAAGGUAUUGAAAUGCUUUGUCCCGCC